CUGGACUUUGCUAAAGAAAAAUGAAAUAUCUGGGAAUCGCUGCGGCCAUUGCCUUGCUGCUGACACUCUCCGCCAGCCGAGUGACAGCCAAGCCGGAGAUGUGCAGCCAAAGGCCUGCAAUGGCGGGCAUGGAACAGGACACGGCUUCCUGCAUGGCCUUUAUGCCGGCCUGGACCUAUGAUGCCAGACGGAAUGCCUGCACCGAGUUCAUUUACGGCGGCUGUGGGGGAAAUUCCAAUCAGUUCUCCUCCCAAAUUGAGUGCGAAAAGGCCUGCAAGGACUGAACUAAGCGGGAAAAACCUUCUCACAAAUAAAAACAAUUUGGUAAUCUAAACAAAAAACAAA